AGCCGUAAAUUCACUCCUGUUUAGCAUUCAAAAUAAGUUUUGGUUUAUGAUAUAGAUAAUUAUAGUAUUCAAUUAUGAAUAUGAGUUUUCUCUGUACCUGUAGCCUUUCCCACCUAGUGCGCUCAUCAUUUUCUAGUGGACAAGGGGGAGCAGGGAAAAGAAAGAAACCACUACAUCAAGAGUGGACACGACCCACAAAAGGUGUUUCUCUGAGCAAUGGGAUUGGGAAUGAAGGAUCACAUCCUUAGUUUCUUCUCCUGAGACAGAAGUUCAUGUUCAUCUUUGCUUGCAGUUGUGAAGAAGGAAACAGAAAAGUCAAAAAAAAGUCUGCGAUUCUCUUUGAACAUGGAUCCAUUGAAUCACUGAUGAUAGUCCAAGUUCAGCUGCUGGUUUUAUUUGUUGCGAGUGCGACCGAUCUUCUGUGUUCAUGCAAUCAUGCCUUUCGUGUUUCUUCUGGCGCACUUAUAUCGAUUCCUCAUUUUUGAUUCAAAAGUAAGAAGUAGUAGUUCACUGAAGUCUCAAGUUUUUCGUUUUUUGUUGUUCAAUAGAUACAUGCAUCGUCACACACACUACAAUUUAAAGAAGGCUAUGGUCAAAAGAUUUUCUCUCAACUUAAAUCAUGGGAUCUAACUUCUCUCUAAUCUGAUUUUUAGAUCAAUGUAUGUUUUACUUUUACUUCUUUUGAAUGUACACCAGCUCGACUUCCUCGGGAGUCCUCCAUCUUCAUCUCAUUUCAUCUUUGUGUCCAGAAUUAUUUGAUGAAAGACAUGAGGGCCACCUUCUAGGAGGGGACAGACGAAGUCGGGGAGGGGCUCUGACUGUAAGGGAUUUUUUUAAUACUUGUCUUUGUGUUAUCAAAGUCAACGACACCUAGAGCCCAAAAAUUUGUCGCGGUAUACCAUGUCAGAUCGCAUUGGAUAGUUUCCAUCAUGCAGUUUCUGGUAUAUUUAUAUAGAGUCCCUGUUAUUGUUUGUUAUUUUCUUUCCUUACUUGAUGUUGCAACGUGUCUAAUAAUUGUAAAAUGUCGUGCACCGGUCGAAGGCACCUAAAUCUUUUUCACUAUCAACCUGGUCGGGGGCCCCAUCGAGAGGACGCAUCAGCUGGUGGAAAUAGAGCCGGACAUAAUGGCCCAACGAGAGAGUAAUCAGUGGACUCUCUACCUAGCUGCGCUCUUCGAAGUGGAAUGUGGCGCCGAACAGAUCUACACUGUAUUAAAGCUCGCAAUUUCCAUGUAGUCCUAUGGAAAAAAAAAAAAGGCGUGACAUCCUGACUUGAUCGAGGCCAGUGAGCUUGAACUUGAGGGCGGCAUACGCGCCGACAUUCGGACCGAGGUCCAGGGCGGGAACCGGGGAUAGGCAAGCGGACUACAAAAAAAUACGGGAACCCCCAUUCAUUGAGUUGAUUCAAUUUGAAUGAACAUGAAGUUGUAACAUGUUCUUGUUACCGUGCAGCAGGACUUAUCAUACCAGUGUAGUUUUUUUCACAUGUUGUUGGUGAAAAGAAGCUUAUACUUUUUGUCUUGUUCUUGAAGGUAUAACAAACUAGCUUCAACAACUAUGGAGUUCAUGAAGAUAUAAGCAGCUUUAAGUAUUAAGUUCAUGAAGAUAUAACUCCCCAAGUCAUUAUCGCGAGGUACGCCCCGGGUAGGAGGCAGAGAGAGGGGGACACUGUCCUGACUCUUACACUCGCGCACGGGCCGAACACUGUCAAACACUCUCAACGGCUCUUCUCUUUUUUUUUGUGUGUCGUUGCUUGGUGCCCGAGCGUGGUACCAAGCAACGACACACCACCGGGGAGCCCGGUGGCGCUUGCGCCACCGCUCCCCCGCGCGAUGGUGGUCUCUCUCUGCCUCCAACCCGGGGCGUACCUCGCGAUAAUGACUUGUGGAGUUAGAUCUAUAUGCGCCAGCUUUAAGUAUUUAAGUUCUUGAUCUUGAAGAUAUAACUAGCUUUUAGUAUUUUUACUUUCUUCUUUUUUAUGUAUGUGGGAGAAAAACAAAAAACAUCGAGUAGAAGGUCAAGCUUGAUGAGUUCUGUGCUGCCGGUAAACACCGACGACAUUUGCUUUUCUUCUUGUUUAUUAUAGGGCAAGUUCGUAAGACACCAGCACGCUCAACUCCAAGAUCAGCAAAGGAACGUUUCAAAACGUUGAAAGAUUUGUCCUGCUUGGGGUCUAUUGCUAGAAGUUUUCAUCCAAUUCAUGUUCUUGAAAUUUAUUGUUUUACCAAACUCUAAGUUUUAUGAUGAACAUACUAAAACUGUUUUAUCAUGAACUUUCAUUUGGAUUUUCUUUGAGUUCUUCUUGUAAUCCGAGGGCGUAGCACGUAUGAGGCGUUCGGGCCGCGCGCGAACUAAUAAUAAUAAUAAUGCAGUAGGAGGGGCGAAUAUUGAGGGAGGUUCUUGUAUAAUUUUUUGAAGAAGUGCAACUACCUCUAAGCAUGUAGUUUGUUUAAGAAGUUUUUCUGAGAAAUACUUAGAAGUAGCUACUUCCCGAUACAAAUAAGUGGCCGAUGACUGAGGCGCCAUAUCUCGAAUCGUCCCAUAUUUUAAGUUAGAGCAGUCUUUUUAGAGAAGCUGUCUUGAGACUCGUCUUAGUGCUACAGGCACUAGGGACGGUGAUAAUCAGGGAUCAUACAGCACACAUACUUACUUGUUACUGUUAGUUACUUACUUAGGAUAGACAAGAGCAGCACCUCGCAGUAACGGAGAAGGAGAAAGGAGCAUCAGACUUAACUACUUCUUGUGAGCGAUCGCAAACAUCCAGAAGAAUCUUCACGUGAGAACUACAUCUAUGGUAUAUUAGGACUAAUAUAGACUGCAUCAAAAGAAAGGUCGUGAUGAACAUCAACUUGAAAGAAAGAUCAACAACAUAAAUGUAACUAGGUCUGUGGGUAACCGUCUAUCCUUCUCUUCAUAAUAAUUAUAAAUCAAUGAACUAGACUACGCGAACAAUGUACACUUCAAAGAAACUAUGAUAUCUUCACGUGAGUACUAUAUCUAUGGCACCUAGAAACUACUUACAUCGAUGAACUAGACUACACGAUUAUACAUACAAUCUACUCCACCACUUUCACCACCUCCAAAAAAUAUCAAGAUCAAUCUUUUUGUUCCCUCUCUGUCUACCUUUUUUUUUAAAGGAAUCUUGUUUGUAAGUUUGGGGGUGGAUUCUCCAAAACAACGAUCUUGUGAGGACGAGUGCUGUCCCUUUUUCCCUUGAUUAUACUAAAAAAGGAACUAGUAAUUUCACAGAGCAGACCACUUCUUGUGACCUGUCGUGACUGGUUCCUGAGAAGAUGAGCUCGAACACGAACAGUCCGGAGUUCGUAAACGAGCAGAUAGGGCGGGGCGCCUCACCCUCCAAUAGGAGACCACCUUCCGACGAGCACGAAACAAGCGAACGCAAUUAUGGCAAUAUGAUAGAGUAGGCAAAGUACUACGUAGUGGUUUUGUUUUUUUUUCUUUUAUGGCUCUUCAAUUCAUCUUUUAUGGGUCUUCAAUGGCCUCAAACGCUCACCCCCUCAUAGGUCACCCAACUCUUAUCCUAUCCUUGUUUCUCGCUAGAGCGGAGCAGUCACCUCGUAUGGCGGCGAAGCAGAGGCGCCCUAUCCUAUCUUAUCCUAUUCGCCGUGUCCGAGUCCGUCCGUCUUAUAUAUGUACCAGGGAGGGAGGCCCCCCCCCUGUGGAUGGAUCUGUGGUGGACCACGCCAGAGGCGUCCAGCCUUGCCACCUUUGCCCGGUCUGUAGGGUUGGGCACAUGCUACACGCCAGAGGGGUCCAUCCUUGCCACCUUUGCCAUGUCUGUAGUGUUGGGCACAUGCAACACGCCAGAGGGGUCCAGCCUUGCCACCUUUGCCAGGUCUGUCGGGUACAUGCAGCACGCCAAGGGGGCCCAGCCUCUGCCACCUUUGCCAGGUCUGUAGGGUACAUGCAACAAGCGGGAAGGGGUCCGAAGCAAGUGGGCGCUUUGAGGCCUUCCCGCCCGGCAGCCCCUCGAAAAGAGGGCCAGGGGCUGGGAGGCGCCCCCCUCAAAAAGUUAGAUCGGGGGGGGGCCUUCAGCCCUGAGCCCUGGAACAUAUAUAAGACUAAAAGAGUUUCUUUCCAAGGAAAAUAAGAGAUCGAUUACAGUAGGCACAACUGAGGAAGUUCAAUUUAGUUCUACGGAGUGACUCCACCAGGUCCAGGAUCUACUCUACUCUUUUUCAUCUCGUCGAUAAUAAUUAUCUCCUCAACAUCCUCUAAAACGUAACGCCAUCUUCGACGACUCCUCACGCGACAAGCCUGUCUCUCUCCGCAGGUAGCAGUGCAGCAGAGCAGAAUUUUUCUAGGGCGCCUGCAAAUGUCUCCUGUGUCCCAUCCAAGGUCCUCAGGAAUACGAGCGGAGGGAGCGGUGGCAGCUCUAGGCAAGGCGAUGACGCGAACAGGAGAGCAAGCUAAUAUGGCUUCUUCAGAUUGUAUUUGUAAUUGGAUUUGGAAUUAUCUAUCAAUAAGUGAAAUAGUUAACUAAAUACUUGGGGGAAGCUAACGUCCAGUAUCCUAACGUCCAGUAUUCUACUUCCGAAGAAGAAGAAAUCGACUAUGACAUUCACUUUUCUGAACAGCUACUGGUGAAUCAAUCUACUGGUCAAUCAAUCAAUUACUGGGUGAGCCGAGUUCCGGGGCGACAAAUUCGGCCAGGCCUUUCUGCUCAGAGUAGACAUUUUGACCAUCCCUGAGUGCUGCUGUAGUUGUAGUUUUUGGCCGUUGUGAUACGGUUUUCUUGUUCGCCCGGUAUGUAAGUUUUUGAUUGGGGUUUUUCACGUAGUUGAAUGGGACGAGGCAGCAUGUAGAAGUCCUAUGGAAAAAAAAAAUGUAGACCGAGGUCUAGGAAGUCCUAUGGAAAAAAAAAAAUGUAGACCGAGGUCUAGGAAGUCCUAUGGAAAAAAAGAAUGCAGACCUUGAGCUUGAACUUGGACUACCUGGUGCUGGAGGUGGUCAAGAAUUUUUACAACUUGUCUAAUACUGCGAGGAGGAGGAAGAUCAGACGCCGUCAACAAAGAAUGAAAGGGGUUCCUCAGAACCUCCGAGAGGACGGCCCACAAGAUUGCGAGUGGCUGUGAUAGGUGCUGGCUUCACGGGUCUUCGAUUUUAUGGAAGAAGUAUUAUUUGUAGACUUAGAUGAUUCUUUUCAUUUUUUUGUUUCCUAGAUAGGCGUGCUUCACCGAUUUUAUGAACUAGUGAGUGUAGUAGAGUAGCUCGAUCUUUUGUACUGAUGUUCUCUCUGCUUCAAAGCCUAUUAUCGUUAUUGGUAGAAAGGCUAAGGCAACUAGUACUUGAACUUCAUUAAUUUUACCUGUGAACUUUAAUAAACAUGAGUAGGAGGUAUAAUUUGUACUAGUACAGCUACAGGUUUCUAGAGGACUCUCGUACGGGUUGUAGUCACCACCCUCUAAUGACUAGCGGAGCGUUUCAAGCAAAUGAGCAAUCUCUUGUUGGAGGACGGGCGGAGAUUACCCUCCAUAGAGGUGGUGGUGCUGGAGAAGAGUAUGGGAUAUGGCGGGAGAUUAGCGACGAGAUAUACGAAGGUAUUGCAGAGUUUACGAUAAUUCGAAAGUAAUAUGGAUGCUCGGAAUUUGAAUUUGCCAAACCGACAUAGGAAAAUGAUCAUGACAUUAAAUGAUUGUUUUUUUACAGACAAAAUAAAUCGUUCUGCACUAUCUGUAGUUCCUCAAAACCGAACCAAACACGCAAAAAUCAGGGCCCAGAUCCAGAGGGUUAUCAGUUUGAUAUAGGGGCUCCGUUUUUCCGAGCCAAAAGCGGGCAGUUCAAGAAAUACUUAGAGGAGCAGCUCGGUUUGAAUUCGGGGACCCCAGAUUGUGGUUGGGAGGUACCCUUUGCUUUGAGUCCUAUCGUGGUGUUUGCUCGUUUUAUCCUAGUACUAAUGAAAGGCUUCGCAGUUCCACGGCCGCCCUUAGGCAUACACUGUUGGAAUUGUAUCGUGUCGCCGGUAGACCAGGAGCGCUACUCGGGAUGCCAAUCAAUCAAAACGAACUCAUCCUUCUUUUCAGUCGUAUCAGUCUAAAAGAAGGAAAACUACUACACUACAACGAACUAAACAUCAGCCUCGCACUGCCUUAGUUGUACCGGGGAAGCAGGACCCACUGACUAUGAUAAGUGAGAAUGCAGUAGAAAAGCUAGCGCUAAGGGAAGCUAGCGCUAAUGUGCGAGAAGUAUCAACUGCGAGAGGGGGAAGCAAAUUUAUGCCUUUCUUCUUGUUUACAAUUUUUUCCUCUUGAUGUCUUGGUAUGUUGUUCACCGGAAUCGUCGUGGUAAGACCAUUUUAGCGCCCCUGAGCGAAUUGUGCUGGUUCUUUUCAUUAUCAGAAUGCUUGUAAAAAAACUUGUUCCAAAAAAUAACUGGUCCAAAAAAAAAGAUGCUUUACUUAGAACCAGCUUGCACUCUAACCCACGGGGCCUUCCCGGACGGCGCGCUCCUAAAUGGGGCCUGAGACAAGACAAAAAAGAUUCGCCUGCGAGAGAGGAAUCUUUUUUAAGGCCACCGCUGGAGCAUCGUCAGCAUCAUCGAUCCCUGGCAGCUCCUGUUUUUCAACACAGCUUUUUCAAAUGGAGCAAGCUCGGAUGCUGUCAGGGAUGCGACCGCGGUAGCUGCUCUAACUUUUGCAAGUCAAAAAAAAAAGUUUGGAGCGUCUGGAGAAGGAUCCGAUACAAGCAAUGAGGCGUAUAAAAAUUCGCAACACAUAUAUUUAUAAUAUUAUCCUCUAUGAAGAUCAUCUGCAGUGAUAUUAAGUUUGUUGAGCAAUUUUCUAAGUUUAAAAUUUCCACCGAGGUGCUAAAGACGUAUUUCGCUACAAUCAAGCAACAACUUUGUAUCGAUUCCGGAAUAAGCAAAAACUUUGAUAUAAAAUCCAAUUCGUCCAACAAUGAACAGGUCUUCCUCCCUCGCACAAACGCCACCGACGGGGGGCGUCUAUAACCCUCAUUUUCGCGGCGUAGUUGAGACGCAUGGGGCGCCGAUUGUUCCUAGGAGUGGAAUAUCAGUAGUAGAGUGGGACACAGGGAAAUUCCCACUCAUAUGCGACUGUUGCGAGCAAUACGAUUGCAAUGUGAAGGAACCAGGUAUGGGUUCUAGAACACGCUCCUCAUCAAUGAUCUUCUCAUCUUUUCGAGCAUGGUGGAUCCAGCCACCUUAUAAUAAGUAUAUCGAGCAUCUUCCAGUUACAAUUCUUUCCAUUCGUUCUUUAUUUCCAUACCUAAAGCAGUCUGCACUGAACUUUGUGCGAGACUGAACUUAUUGUAUUGUAUAUUAAUAUAUUGUGCUAUCCUUAUACCACUUUACACUUUCCGCCUCGUCCACAGGGGCAGACGAUGAGGCAGGGGGCAGUCAUUCGUACAGUAAAGAACAGAUGUACGGGUAUUCCGAGAGAAUGCAGGGAGAGCACAUUUAUGUGGGGUGGAGCCGGAUGAACGAAAUAGCAAAAACGAUCGCGAGAAGAAGUACUUCUUGUUAAAUUUUCUGAACGAGAAGAUCAAGUUCAAGAAGAAGGGGCUGCUGCCUCUGCACGACGAUUAGAUUUUGCUUAAUGUGUAUUUCAUGAAUAGUUUGCAUUUCUUAGUACGCAUUUCAUGAACAUACCUCAAUUAGAUAAGCUCGAUGUUCGUUUGGGUUGUCGGGUUGGUAGCAUACGGCGUGUAAUGUUAAGGGUAUGUUAAAGGUGUUCCUGUUACCGUUUGUUUUGCCUCUUCUAAGGGAGAAAGGCAGAACAAACGCGAAAGAUGAACACCAAGGCCCUACCUCUAAUAAUGCUCCCAGAGAGGUCAAGAACUAGGUCAGCCGGUGAGAGCGACGAGCCUCCUGUUCCGGUCGGAUGCCAAAGCAUCAGUAGGGGAACGACCGGCAGUAACGGGAAAGGGAGAGUAGUGCGAUUACCCGCCGAUGCCGAAGUGCAAAUUUCUAAGGAAUUUUCAGCAGGAGAUCCAGAUGACGAAUUACCACCACGACCCAAUAGUAUAGGGAGUCCAACGUUCAGUGCGGACUAUCUCCAGAAUUGCCAAUCGGGAGCAGCGAUCAGUGGGAAUAGCGUCGAGUCGGGAAGACGUAUCUUUUCUUUUGCUUACACACUUCCUUUUCACUUCUUGUUAUUCUUGAAACUACAACUUCAUGCUCACAAACACACAUACACAUGUUCACACAAACACAUGUUCACACAAACACAUGUUCACACAAACACAUGUUCACACAAACACAUGUUCACACAAACACAUGUUCACACAAACACAUGUUCACACAAACACAUGUUCACACAAACACAUGUUCACACAAACACAUGUUCACACAAACACAUGUUCACAAACACGUAGACUUAUACUAACUACUUAACAACUUUGUCAAAGAAGAAGUUAUAGACCGACGUUGUAACUCAGCUUCAACACUGAAAAACUCGACCUCUUCUACUAAAUCCCUUUCUCUCAUACUAGUUUGAAACAUCUUCAAUUAAUAUGAUUACAACCAAACUCCACCAGUGCAAAUGCCGGAGAGCGGAAGUUCUGUUGGUUGGGAGCUGAUGCAGUGCGAGCAUAGUCGACAACCCUGUGAUCCAAAACACAACCCCCCGAGUACACUUAAGGCUUAGGUACCCUAGUCAAUCCAUCUUCUGACGCAUCUUAGACCUGCCCUCCCACAACCAAGGGAACAUCAAUUAUAGGUUUAAGAUGAAUCCCGCGAUGAACAAUUAGUGUGAGCUCUAAUAAACGCAUUUCCGAUUCUGCCUACGACUAUGUAGCAGUGACCCUUCCCGGUCCUCAGACCCUCAACCUUGUUUCACACAUGCCCAUUGUGAAAAAAUUUCCGACCAUCAAGCAGCGAGCGAAGAUGCGCGGCUGCUUCGUCUUGAUGCUUGGUACUGCUCUUUACUAUCUAGAAGUACUGUUUGUAAGGGUCAUGAAGAAUCAAGUUACAGUUAGUAUUGCAAAGGCGAUGUUGUUGCUCGUGGUUGAGAAAAAAUGUUUGCGUUAUUCAUUCUUGGUCAGUUGCAGUUUUCACAAAACGACCGCAUAUUGGAAUGCUCAAUCCUAAAAUGCUUUGCACCCACAAACUUCUCCAGGUUUUUCUAUCCCGGAAUGCUGGCGUUCCGUCUCCAUACCUUCAGCGAUAGACUGUAAAGACCAUCCGGUAUUGCGUUGUGUGAUAGUGGAUUCGAACAAGCCAGGCCGUUCACAGACCAAUCGCAUAGGGGCAAGAACACUCAGUGUUUGCGUCUACGCUAUGUAUAAAUGGUCCGAGCAACACUUCCAGAUGGAGGAAACUGUAAACGAUAUGCAGGACUAUCGCCACGAGAAUGUGCUGAUUCCGCUGCUGAAUGAAGCGAAGGUAAAAAUGCUUGUCAACUUACAUGUGUCACUGACACUGUGUCAUUCUAGCUAUUUGUAUUUGUUCCACACGCACACGACACCAACCAUGAACACUUCUUCGGAGUGAUCGACAGGGGAGUCUUGAAUUAAAGAUGAAUGGAUGAAAGAAUGCUCCUGGCAGCUUAAGGAUUCAUUAUAACACCCACUCCAAGAACGUCACCCUUAUCCAAAACUGACGAGAAAAUACGAAAAAGGCGAAAGGCGACGAGAAAAGGAAGAAUGAAGUGGUAGCAGUGAAGGUUUGUAGAGAAGAAGGAAAGGUAAAGAAGAAGAAGGUUUGUAAAGAAGAAGAGGAUUACUUAUCCUUAUCCACCUACAACUAGCUAUUUAUGUUUGUUCCACAUGCACACGACCACACCAUGAACACCUUUUACUCCCUCCAGAACACACCCCCCACACCACAGGCGCUCCUGUUGAACACUCGAGUUUCGCAACAUCCAACUGUGGAUCCAUUGUCGAGUCAGAGACCAGCGGUUGAGUUUUGGCAAUACAUGUUUGACAUGAAACGCCUUGAGUACACCGAUCUGCACGCCUGGCGAUAUGUGGAAGUGGUCGGGGAAAAGAAACAGUACUGCUUUAUAUUAUACUAGACUGUGUCUAUGGCUAGUAUUGCCGAAUAGAUUCACAUGAUCAGUAGAUCAUUAUAGCUACUAGUUCCAGUACUUCUUGUCAAUUUAGUACUGUGUUGCUGUUCUUGGUAUAAUUUCUCAAGAGGAGGAUGAUGUCUGGUAUGAAGAUGAUGAAGAUGACUGACUUUUUUCAAGGAUUGGAAAUAUUAAGGAGAUGAGUCGGAGCGAGUUGAUCUAUCAAUAUCUAAAGAAUCUAAAGAAACUUUUUUCAAGGAUUCAUUGAAAAUUUUUUGACCUAAAUACGUCUUUUUGCAACAACAGCAUAAGUUUCAGUCCGGAUAGUGCGUUUUUCGAUAAUGAGAAGAACUUGGGUUUAGCAGGAGAUUGGUGCGCUGGCUGUGCUACAGUGGAGGGCGCUUUCGCGUCGGCUGAAAGUUUGGCAGAUCAAAUUCAAGCCGAUAUCACACAGAAACACGCUGCUUAGAAACACGCUGCUUAGAAACACGCUGCUUAGAAAUACGCUGCUUAGACUCCCGGAAACACGCUGCUUAGCAAGCCAUAUUAUAAGGCAUAAUAUGGCUUGCUAAGCGCGUGUGGAUUCUUCUAUAAUUACUAUAGCUUACAACGGGAUGCGAGCUAUGCGCGGUAGCGCCAAUAAUACACAGGAGGACUCUAGUAGUACAACAUUUAGUGCAGAGAAAUGGCGCUGUGACCGCUUCUCUGUGUAGCUAACCAACAUGAUGUCGAUUUCUAAAAGAUGUACAAAUGCUGCUGGAUGAGCAGCAGCUUUUAACUUCUUCUCUAUCAACAUAAUGAGAAGAAGAUGACCACCUGUCGUUCAUGAUAAGUUGAUGUGGUCUUCAACAUUGUGUUCGCUGGUGGUCAUAGUUCCUGAUCAUGUUCAUCUCGAUAAUCUUCUUUAAGAAUGUAUAUUAAGGAGAUGAGCAUCAAGGCAUUCACAUUCUUCAUCGCAAUAGUCUACGUCUAGAAGUACUUACUUAACAAGUCCUACUAGCAGUAGUACGUAGACUUACUUAACAAGUAGUAGCAACAAGUAUUCAUUACAGUAUCUUCACCGAGCCUAGCCCUAGUCUUGGACGUUCUUGGUAAAAGAUGAAAAAGAGAGGCACUAGAUAGUUUCAAUGCGUAGGGUUACUAGUGGAACAAGAAUUAAUAGGUCAAUGGGGCGAGAACAAGAAUAGCACAACAAGAAUAGAAGUGGUAGACUAGCUCUCUGGAGUGGUCCCCCAGGGGCAGGCGUCAACGGAAUUCCAAAGAAUUUGCUAGAACAAUCAAAACUCAAAAUCAAAAUUCAAAAUCAAAACUCAAAAUCAAAACUCAAAAUCAAAACCCAAAAUCAAAAUUCAAAGUCAGAAUAUGAGAUCAAAAUCAAAACUCAAAAUAUAAGACAUGAAAUCAAAAUCAAAACGAGGGAAAAGCUUUAUACUGUAAGAGAUUGCGCUUUGGGUCGUGGAGAACCGCAGAACCAGAACUAGCAGAUGAAGAACAAUGCCAAGAGGACGAUCAAAUACAUUAU